AUGAGGCAUUUAGCUGUUUCCAGUAUCUUAACCGAGACAUUGGCCCGAGCCAGUUACAUAGUUGUAAAAGAUGCCUUGGUAGUUGAAUACAUAUUAUUGUCUAUAAAUGCUCUUUUCUUAGUUCGAAGUACGGCAAAGAAGUUUAUUAAGAAUCUCAAUUCUUUUGACGAAUCUUUAAAUAUUUAUACGAACAAUAAGUUAUCAAAUAACACAUUUGAAGAAUUAUCAUUCAAAACUAAUUUGGAUAUAAGUUCAGUUCAUAAAGCAUAUGAACAGUUACAUAAUUGUUCAACACAGCUGAAUAGAAUGAUUAGUUUUCCGAUGAUGGUAAUAAUAUUUUCAUCAGGAUUGUCAACCAUAAUGUAUUUAAAAAAUAUUGUAACACUGUGCCUGAAAGAUUCGUAUUACACAGAAUGGGAGCUUAAGUUGGAGGAAAAGAAAAAAUUAGCUUGA